AUGACUGCCAGUGAGGCCAAUACCUCGCGAAGAGAUCUUUUGGUGCAGCAACUCUUAGAAGAGCGCCGGACGCGGCUGCAACAGAAGCUGGCAGCAGGUCUGCAAGAUGAGGAGCCGCGCAGCUUGCGGGGAAGCCACAGUCCCGGCGGGAUCGCGGAGCCGUGGACGCCAAGCGGCCUGCACGACUCGGAGCCGAAGGAUGAUGGCUUUCUGAAGAGCGUUCUAGCGCGCUUGACAGCCGCCGAGAAGGCAGAAAUGGAGCUUCCUGCUGAGCUCGGUGCCAGCCCGUUUCUUGUUGCGGACCUGGAAAGCAAGACUGCCAGGCGGCCUCAGUCGGCGCCCUCCAAGGCAAAGCCGGCAAGUGGAAGAGCCAGCAGUGCGAAGCCGGCGAAGGCGGAAAGCACGGAGCACAGACGGCAGAGUUCGGUUAAGGACCGGCAGGCAUUCGAGCAAAGGGUGCAAAAGUGGCAACUGCAGCACCAGGCGUCCAAGCAGAAGUACAUGCAGGCCAAGCAGGAGAAGGAGAUGGAAGAGCUUGGAGAAUGUACCUUUCAGCCCUCCAUCAACACCCGCUCGGAGUUCUACGCGCGGCGGUCCCGGGGAUGCGUGGCGGAGCCGCUGCCUGAGCGCCUCUUCCACGAGGCUGACAAGAGGGCCAACUUGAGGAACAAGGCCAAGGAGAUCAUGGAGGCUGAUUCUUUGUGCUCCUACACUUUCCAGCCGCAGAUCAACCAGAGCAAGAGCCAAGGCAGCCGGGCGCCCUUGCACCAGCGGGCAGAGGCCUUGCAGAAGCGGCGCGAGGAGCGGGUACGUUCUGCCCAACUGGCAGAGGAGAGACGUGCUGAUAAUUAUUUUCAGCCGAAGAUUUCCAGCCGCAGCGAGCGGCUUGUUCAGAGGAAGCGCGAUCAGCUGUACAGGUGCGCCUCCCAGGGCCAGGUGGACUGCUUGAAACAGCUGGGGCCGGUGGAGGAACGCCUCUAUGCGGAGGCGCAGGAGAAAGAGCAGCGCCGAGUGGCUCUUCAGGACUUCCAUGCUGCGGAAGCACAGUCCCUUCCCAGUAUGGAUGACACAUCCAGGAAGAUUUGCAAGCUCUCCGUCUAUUUCCAGGGUGAGCAGCAGGACUUCCUCACUCGCCAGCAGACCUUUGAGCUGGCCAAGCAGAAGCGGAUAGAGGUGCGUGCGCAGCACAUGGAGAAGGAGUGCUCCUUUCAGCCGAAGAUCACAGAGACCAGCCGACAACUGGUGUGCAACAACGUGGAGAUGCUGGGCGAAACUCCUGAGGAGCGCAUCAAUCGCCUGGCCAUCCGCGACGCAGAGCGGCGGGAGCAGACGCGACAGGAGCUGGAGUUGCUGCAUCACAAGGACUGCACCUUUAAGCCGGAGAUCAACCCGACGUCGCAAGUCUUGGCGGCAUCUCGCUAUGAGGCAUCCAGCGCCUCAGCAAGUGAGGAAGGGCCGCAUGAACGACUCUAUCGGUCAGGAGUGUCCAAGAGCAGGCUCAUGGACGAUGCAUGCGCUGACCAGUACAGCUUCAGGCCGCAGCUUGACCCACAGAGUCGCAAGCGCUAUGCCCACGUGAAGUCUCGCUAUUCCAAUCGACAAGAUCUCAUGGAGAGCAUUCGCCAGGAGCAAGAGAAGAAGGCAGAAUACUUGCUGGAACGACGCCGCGAGCUAGAGGAGGAGCGGAUCGCCGACUGCACCUUUGCUCCCCGUGUUGCCGAGGCUUUUCAGGACAUCCAGAAGCCUGUUGUUGUCAGCGGCCUGGACCGUUACUUUGAGCUCAAGAACCUUGCUCAGAGAAAGCAGCAGGAGCAAAAAGAACGAGAGCAGAAGAUCUUCCGACCGGAGAGCGUCGCGCCGCGCCAGCGUGUGACCAUCCCAGAGCCCUUUGAGCUCUCCGGCUGCCGGAAGUGCGAGGAGAGCCAUCGGGAGUUCAACGAGGCCCUUCACCGGGUGGCUCAGGCUGCAUUUGGCGCGGCGUCUUCGGCCCGGCUUGCGGCGGCUGUCACCUUCCCGGCCGCUGCCAGGCUGCGCAACGUGGCUCGUGACGCCAAAGUGGCGUUGCACCCGACCACAGAGCAGCUGUUUUGCAGCGGCUGCUCGCAAGUGUAUAUUCCAGGUAGCAACUGCCGCGUGUCUGUCCAGCCGCUGAGAAAGCGGAAGAGGACAAGGAAGAAGCCUUUGAAAGCGGAACGGAGGGCAAAGCCUACGAAGACGGGAUGGACACCAGGACCCAAAGCCAAGGCGGAACCUGAGAAGCCGAAGAGGUGCGUUCAGUACUCCUGCCAGUGGUGUGGCCAUCGGAGACGCAUGCGCCUGCCAAGACGGCGGGCACCACGAGCUGCGGCAGCUCCGACCUCGUUUCAAUCACUGAACCAGAAGAAGCAGGCAGCCGCAUCUCAGGAGGCGCGGGAUGCAGCAAGGGCUGCCAAGCGACAGAGAGAGGCUAAGGCCAAGGCCAAGGCUGCCUCAGAGCCUUGGCUGCAUUAA